GCAAAGCAAAGGCUUCCGGUACGUCACUGUCAUGGCUGCGAACGUAAACAGAAAGCUGUGAGUAAACGGCACUUUUUCUCGUAGUUUUUAGCCAAACUAAUCGAAGCUACAAUUUACCUGUCAACCCGGGAAAGACAUGGAAGGCAGUGACAUGUCCGGGGGGAACAAAGCCGCUGAGUUGCUGCUUCAUAUGCGGCAAAAUGCGGAGGAGCUGCACAGCUUCAUGAGGGAGCUGGAGAGCUGGGAGGUGGACAUAAAGAGGAAGGAUGAGGCGCUGAGGACAGGGGUCGUUGAGGAGGUUCAGGAAAAAGUCCCACCAGUGCGCAACCGGGACUACAGAGCCAAGAUGAGGGAGAAGAAGAAAAAGAAGAAGGAGCUCGCUGGAGAUGGGGACUCAAAAACAGAGGCGGCCAGUCAAGCAUCAAGAAUCAAAUCAUAUGACUAUCGAUCCUGGGACAAGUUUGAUGUGGACAAGGUUCUGGAAGAACUGGAUAAGGAGGAGGAAUCACCUGCAGACUCCAAUGAGUCGGACUCGGAGGACACUGCGGUCGAUGCAGAGAAAGCACUGGCUGAGAAGGAAAAGGGUAACAAGUUUUUUAAAGAUGGGAAGUACGACGACGCAAUUGAGUGUUACACAAGAGGAAUGGCUGCCGAUCCUUACAACCCUGUGCUUCCCACAAACAGAGCCACGUCGUUUUUCAGGCUCAAAAAGUAUGCUGUGGCUGAGUCUGACUGCAACCUGGCGAUCGCUCUCGACAGCAACUACUUCAAAGCGUACGCGCGGAGAGGAGCAGCUCGGUUUGCGCUGAAGAAGUAUGAACCUGCAUUAGAAGAUUACGAGAUGGUUCUCAAGCUUGACCCCGAGAACUUGGAAGCACAGAAUGAAAUUAAGAAAAUCAAAGAGGCCCUCGGACAUGAGGAACCUGCCUUUGCGAGUAAAGCCACGCAGCCGCAGGAGGCCCCCGCAGUCGAUCCUGAUCAACAGAGCCGGAUAGAGGAGCAGCAGAGGAGACAGGAGGCGGUUUUCCAGAAGGACAGAGGGAAUGCCUACUUCAAAGAAGGGAAGUAUGAAGCAGCUGUUGAGUGCUACAGCCGAGGCAUUGAGGCAGACCACAUGAACGUCCUGCUGCCUGCCAACAGAGCCAUGGCUUAUCUCAAGCUGGAGAAGUAUAAGGAGGCUGAGGAGGACUGCACUAAAGCCAUUUUCCUGGAUAGUACUUACGCCAAGGCUUUCGCCCGCCGAGGCACAGCCAGAGUGGCGUUAGGAAAGCUGGAAGAAGCCAAACAAGAUUUUCAGCAGGUGUUGAAACUGGAACCUGGAAACAAGCAGGCCCUGAAUGAACUCCAGAAACUCCAGAUAGACGCAGGCUCCAGCGGCCGUCUUCAGACAGAGGACAGCUCACAGAGGAGAACAGUCCAGCCAGUGGAUAAACCGGCACAUCUUCGCUCAACUAAACCUUUGAGGAGGAUUGACAUCAGGGAAGUCAGUGGAAAGGUGACGGUGCCUGAGGUGGACUCGGGUGCGUACAAGCCCUUACCGCAGGAAGUGGUGAGGGACGUUGAGGAGGGAUCGUCUCCACUCUCUACGUCGCCCAGCGCCAAGAUGAUCAAAAUUGAGGAGCUGUCAGAGGCAUCAGACCAACAGACCAAAAAACCAGAACAGGCAGAAACCAUUGGUCCUGCUGAACCAUCAACCGAGCCCGCCUCGACAGCGACAGACCCGCCGCCUCCGCCCACCAACAGCUUCCAGCUGGAGGCUGACCUCCGCAGGAUCGGAAACCAGCCCGAAAUUGUUUACAGAUAUCUGAAGCAAAUCAAAUCUGACGCCUACGCUAAGAUUUUCCACAAUUCCCUCGAACCCGACAUCCUCAAUCACAUCCUGAGGACGCUGCGUGACUUCUACAUCAAGAAUGAAGACCCGGCCGUCGUGCUGGAGACUCUCGGCAGCCUUGCGAGCGUGAGGCGCUUCGACAUGGCUGUUAUGUUCAUGUCAUCCUCAGAGAAGAAAGUGCUUAAAGAACUGUUUGACUUUCUUCACCAAGCCAACCUGGACAGAUCGUCCGUCACAGCCUUGCAGAAGAAGUACGGCGUGUGAGCACAUUUACAGCAAACAAACAGUUUAGCUGCUGUUUAUUUAGUUGUAUUCUAAUGCUGAAUAAAUGAAUCACUCCUGUUGAAUAGGACUGCAGAGCCGCGACUCUUUCCUCGGGAAUGCCGACGUUUUCUUUCAUAACUGUUUAUUUAAAGUUGGAGGCUGCAAAUUCAGCUUGUCUGUAACUCAGAUUCAGCUGCAUUUUGUACAAUAACUCGACUGUUGACAAACAUACACGCUGCAACUUAGAAACAUCCUUUAUUUUUGAAAGAAAAGCAGACUUUUGAAUAACAAGAAAUUGGCUAGAAAUCUAAAUGAGUCAUUUAUGGAGUCAUUAAUCACAGAUCUAUUUAAGGUUUUUACUGAAAUAUUUUGAGUAGGCGUGCACGGGUGUUAUUGAAGCAACCGUCACUCCUGUGGUCCCAAAUGUAAGUUUAAUUGAGCAUUAACAGUUUUAACUGUGUUGACAUAAAGAAAUAUUUCCUCCUAAUGAUCAGCGACUGUUAACAUGAUAAACUUCAUUAUUUUGUCAACAUUUGUGGUUAAAAAUGGGCUUCUGCACUCAUAUGUAGAUAUUUCUCUUAUUAAUUGAUAAGUUUUGUGGAAUUGGCUUUCUUUAUUUUAAAAAAAGAAAUUUUAAAGUCUUACAAAUCUCUUUAAGUGCUUCCAUAAACUGAUGAACAGGCGAUUUAAAAAAAAAAAUAAAAAUAAAAAAAAAAAAGUGUAACAGGUGUUGUACUUGAAUGCUCCAUGAAUCCAGAAGUUUCCUUUAAGUGAAGUGGGAAUUUUCAGUUACAGUGUAACAGCGUGGACGGGUCUGUGUGAGCACUGUUCUCGAGGUACGCCAAGAAAACUGCAAACCAAAUAAAGCUGUAUUUUGUACUUUG